AUGAGUUUAGACAGCGAGGCCGAGACACUAGUCGAGAACGAGUCGAGACACAAGUUGAGACAGCGAAGUCUGGACCCGCAGUACGAUGUUGCUGAGCUUGAUCAGAAGCUGACGGAGACUCUGCAGGCUUCCUCCGCGCCACCCCCGCAUCAGCUUCCUUCUCUUGACAGCUUCCUUUUGAACGCCAAGACAGACGUGCACUCGCCACGCGCCGCUCCCACGCUGCUUCACUUCUGUGCCCUCUACAAUCUCUCCCAGCUGUGCGCGGCACUAGUGCGCAUGCCCGCCGCCAGGGCGGCGCUGCGCGUGCGUAACCGCGACAACGAGACGCCGGCGGAACUCGCGCGCAGGCUGGGACACGGCGCGGUCGCGGAGGUGCUGGUGGCGCCCCCUGCCGCCGAGCCCGCCGCUGCGCCUGCCGCUGCCGCAGAUGCUGAUGAGAAGGAGGAGGUGAGAUGCCGGGGUUGA